AUGACUCGAGCACAGCAAACCGUGUCCAUUGGACUGCUAUUCGCAUCAACUCAGCUCUACCUUGCUCUCUUCUUACAACUUAUCCCACUUCCAAGCAUAAUCUCAGAAGAGAUAAUACCUGUUCUUCCUCUCUGGGCACUCGUCUCCUUCGGCUCCUACCUCCUAGCUAAACUCGGAUACGGUGUUCUCACAUUUAACGACGUACCAGAGGCACAUGCAGAAUUGAUGAAGGAAAUCGAUUUGGCGAGAGAGGAUUUGAGAACCAAGGGUGUCGAGGUCGACUAA